GCUCAGCUAGGUUAAGCUUAAUAAUUGUAUUUCUUUUUGUUUUAACCUGGAAAAAAGGCUAAAACAAAAAUCAGCUAUGGAGGACCCCGGAAACAAAACCAAAGAAGAGAGAAAAAAUAAAGAAGAAGUUCGAUAUCGAGGAGUUCGACGAAGGCCUUGGGGAAAAUUCGCCGCAGAGAUUCGAGACCCUUCAAGACAAGGUGCACGGUUGUGGUUAGGGACAUUUGACACGGCUGAGGAGGCUGCUCGUGCUUAUGAUCGUGCGGCGUUUAAUCUCAGAGGUCAUCUUGCUAUUCUCAACUUCCCUAAUGAGUAUUAUUCUCAAGUUAUGGGGUCUGCUCCUCAUCGUCCUGUAUCAUCUACUACAUUUUCAUCAUCGUCUUCUUCUUCCUCUUCUAGUUUUCGACCUAGUGAGGGUUCUGAGAGAGGAACUUCUUCGAGUGGACAACAAAAACCAGUUUUCGAGUUCGAGUAUUUGGACGAUAAGGUGUUGGAAGAGAUGCUUGAACCAGAAGAAGAAAAGAAGAAGCGAAAUAGAGAUUGAAUUUCGAGGGUUUGGUACUGUACACUUGCUUAAAUCAAGUUUCUUAUAAUUACUUAUUGCAAAGUACUUUUCUAAAGUUCUAAACAAUGUUGGAUGCGCUAUUUUCUGUUCAGCUUUUGGAGAUGAAUGGUGAAUGUAUAAUGGGAGAGCUGUAUAAAUUAUUACGGGGAUUAAAAACUUCUUGGAGAACAUAUUAAAUCAUGUUAAAUUUCAAAUUAGACGAAGUACUGCAUAUCUGUGCAUUUGUGAGUUUGUAUUUGUACUUGGUUGCUGUUGCUGGCAUGGCGUUUCUGAAGUGAAAAAGGAAGAUUGAGGUUUCAGAGAUGGAAUCAACGAGGGCUUAAACUGCUUUUAGCUCUCUUCAUUGGAAGAAGAACAAAGGGAAUCAUAGGUGUUCAGGCAUAUCACAAGCUUGAUGAUUAAAUCAAUAGUACACUGUAGGCGCUUACAGGUCUUCCAUAUAUUUAUUUGGGUGUCUCAUAUUCCCUUCAGUUGGUUGUUGUAAAACAUAGAAGAACUUCAACUUUGUCGAAUAGCAUCCCCCAGAAAUUGAUAGCGAGUAACAGACUCCUUCAAAGUGUGAGUAAACUUUUGAGAAAAAAUUCUGGGAUCAAAGAGAAUUUCAAUCCAUGAAUGAGAUAUUGUAAUACAUUUUACAAUGGUAUUCCUCCUUACAUAGUCCGUAGACUUAUUUAAGGAAAACUUCGGAAAAGAAUUUGUUACAUAUAUACACUAUUCUUAUAGACAUGUUUUUUUUCUGCC